AGGGAGAGAAAAAGGAAGCUCUCCGACAAGUUUUUUGUGUGUAUUUCUCCAAAGUUACACAAACUUUCUCAAAGCAAAGGUGUGACUGGAGGCCUUGUGGGGAUCAACAUGCUGAGGAGAGGAAUCUGAAGCGGAGGACGGACGCCAGUUUGACAGCGGUUGUGCACAGCUGAUGACAACAUCAAGUAUUAACACUUUUAAGGCCUUGGGCCUCGAGUGAUUCUAAAGAGGUAAGCAAGUUCUUCCUCAGAAACUAGAAAGUGUAGGUGGGAUUGUAACACUUUGAUGCUGUCGCAUUCAUGCGGUGUCUCUGCUGGUGAGCGGAUGGUUUCCAGAGCAGCACAAAGUGUCUGAACUUGCUGGGUGGAAGUUCAAAAACAGGACGGUUGACAGUGUUACAUUACAGGCAGAGAGGAAUCCACUGAACCGUUCCUCAGUGUUUGUCGCUGCAGUGUCAUGUUAAUCCAGUCCUUCCUCUUCUGAUCCCUUCAGAUCAGGAGAAAAAGAGAGAUGAUGUCUUCCGAACUGGACUCCAGUCUCACCAGUAUUGACUGGCUGCCUCAGCUGGGAAUCAGCAGCCUGCGCUCGGGGAGAGAGAGAGGAGGAGGAGGCGAGAGGGAAAAGAAGAAAGACAGAGGGAGGGAGAGAGGAGACUUCGUACCCUCUGUGCCGGACCCCUCCCCUGCUAACUAUAAAGGGAAACCCCCUCACAGCUAUGCUACUCUUAUAGCCAUGGCUAUAGCAGCUGCACCUGAGAGGAAGUUGAGUCUGAAUGACAUCUACACCUGGAUCAGUGACACUUUUCCUUACUACAGCCGAGCUGGCCGUGGAUGGAAGAACUCCAUUCGCCAUAAUCUGUCCCUUAAUAAAUGCUUCAGGAAAGUUCCUCGGCCGCAAAACGAUCCCGGCAAGGGUUCCUAUUGGACAAUGGACGGACCUGCAGAGGACAAUCAAGUGAGGGCCCCGAAACGUCCCUAUCCAGAGGAGGAAGAGGAGAGGCAGGAGGUUCCUCAUGUGUUGGUGACACAAGCAGAGAGAGGAGCGUCUCCUCACCAGCCGCCACCAGCCUCCCACUCAGACCAGCUGCUUGUGAACACGGAGCCACUGGGAGCCCUCCAGCAGCGCUCCCCCCACUCUGCCUCCCUCUCUCCUCCCCCUCGCAAGCAACCGUCACCCUACAUGCCGAGCCCCGUGUCCACUCCCCCUCUCCAUCACCCGUCUCCUCCACCUCCUGCCUCCAUGCCUUCCAUCAACUCCUUUCCACCUCGCCAUGCGCCCGGCCCCACUUUCUCCAUCCCGGCUGCCUCUGCUGCACCUCUGUCUGUUACUAACAUGUCCUCACCAGCGGCUCCCUCUUUCUCAGAUGUCACUCUGUCCUUUCCGGCAAAUUCAGUAUCUGUCCCAACGUUCUCCUGCGCUCCUAACUCAGCACCUGCUCUGUCUGUUUGCACGGUGUCGGGACCCUCUUACUCCUCCACAUGUGUCGUCCCUUCAUCUAUUGCUGCCCCUCCUGUUGUCUCUCUAAACACCUCCACUGACCCUACCAUGCGUUUUACCUUCGAUGAGAUGAUCUUACCGGACUUGUACGCGUCUUUUAAGUCCGUCUUCAAGACCAUGCGGGAGAGAGGAGGCUCACAGUCGGAUAAUGCUCCCCUCUCUGUUCUGAACAAUGACACUACCCCACUUCACACUCCGACUCUGCUACCACUGUCUCCUCACCCUGCACCUCCUCCACCUCCUCCACCUCUACCUCCACCUCCACCUGCACCAGCGGCUCACACUCCUGAGACAGAGCGCAUACCACAACACAUUCCCUUCCUCCCUCCCACUCUAGCGGUGCCUGCUGACUGGUUCAAUCACCCAGAUUCUCUGAAGGAGAGCUUCCGUAUUGCCAGCAAUCUAGACUGGGCAAACAUAGACCUCUCUGGUCACCCAGACCUGCUGGAGAGCAUGCGGCAGGCGGAGCUCUGCGACUGGGCCCUGGACCCGACGCUCUUCACGUCCCUCUGCGACUCUCUGAACCGCUUCUUCACUCAGAAAGGCAUGAUCACCUCUGGGAACAACUCCCCGCUCGCCCUUGGUGCACCUCACUCCAUACAGGUCCCACCGUUCACCUUCAAUCCACCCACCCUGGCCAGCCUCACCCACCCCUCACCCCUCCCUUACGCUCCCGUUGUUCACCCUGCCGGUGGAGUGCUGCCGCCCCGGAGGGCUCUGCCCAUGCAGGGGCAGAGCUUCCAAAGACCACAGCUAACACAACCUGCACACACACCAGCUGGGAUGCAGCCUCAGUCUAUGGCACCUCGACAGCGUCCUCCAUUAAAGAGUCUGCACAGCAACAGUGAGGAGAUCCAGGACGACUUUGACUGGGAUUCUCUGCUCGCUUGACUCUCGUCAUGCGUUUGAAAGACCGAUGAGCACUGAACUCUAGCAGAGGCUGCCUCACUGCGUCUUACAGCUUCUCAGAAAGCAAGUUUGGGAUCAAGUUUGUCAAAUAUGACUGAAUGCUGCAUUUCAAGGUUGAAAUGUUUUUUUCACCUUAAUUCAAAUUCAUAUGCUGUAAUAACUUUUGUUUAGCUUUUUUUAUUAUCCAGGUUAUUAGCAGGGUGUUUCUUCUGGAUGUUAGAUUUAUAAAUGUGUUCAAAGAAAAUAAAGUGUAAAUUUAUCCAUGUCACAUUAUUGUACAUAUAUAUAUAUAUGGGAUGUAGACGUUAACUACAUAGCAAGCAUGAAACAAGCCAAACACACGUCCUGUGUUUUCGUUUUAUUUCAUAAAUUCCUUUUGAUUUUUUUUUUUCCAUUUUACUUUUCAAAUGUGAAUGUUCACAGUCAUCACCACACAAAAGUCAACCUUACCCGAUAAAAGAGAUAUUUUUCUUGUUGAUAUAAAAUAACAAUAAAUUCAUCAAACUAAAUUAAAAGAACAGCAUGGAGCAUGUC